AUGGGGAAACGAUCUCCUACUUUUUCAAUAAAAAUUCCGGAGAACAAUUUUAUAUUUAACUAUAUGUCAAAGAGUCAAAAUGACGAAGUUCCUGAACAAUUUGAAGAUGAAACAGAAUUUAUUUCGAUUUCUACACAAGUUGAAUUUGAAAAAGAAUUAGAUCGUUCAAAAAGAGAGUUCAUACAAUUUAAUCAGGAAUUAGAUGAAAUUGCACGAUCUAUGAAACAAUUAUUUGAGGAAUCCCCUCAUUUUCUCACAGGAAUGGAAGAAAUAAAACAAAAACAAGAUGACAUUGAGGAAUGCAUCUUGUUAACUCAAGAAAAAAUUAUAGAAAAUGAACAUCGGUUGUCAGAUUUACAAUUUCUUCAAAAUAAAGUUCAUGAAGAUAUUAAUAAUGAUUUAAAAAUGAUUCAAGAACAAAUUUAUGAAAUUCUUAAAAAACAUCAGAACACGCAUACAAGUAUAUCAAACAUUUGCAAUAAUCAAACUAGAACUUGUGAACAACUUGAACUCAUGUUACAAGCUAUUCAUGAGUACGCUAGGUUGAUAGAAGAAGCCAGUCUAACUAUCAAACAUUUCGCUGAUGUGUCACCAAGAAGAGAAUAUGAAUCACUUGACUUGUCACCAUUUCGUUCAAAUGAGGGUAGCAUUUCUUAUUUCGAAGACAAAAUUUAUCAAACGAAUCGUAUAAAAACACCGACACCAAGUUCACCAACAGAGUCACCACAAUCAUCGAGAGCUUCUAAUCAUACAACGAUAACUACACCAACAAGUGUUGUUACAGAUAAUUCUGGUCAGUCAUCACCAAUUUCACCACCGGAUUCAAUACAACCUAAUUUUAUGGUAUCAGAAUUACCACAAUAUCGACUUUUGUUCGAUAGAAUGCGUCGUGCAGCAGUAGGAUUAAAAUUUUUAUAUUAUGCACACAAAUUAAAUGAUUAUAAGAACAAUUGUCCUGAUAAUGAUUGCGAUCUGGAUCUAGAUUUAUAUGAGGAUUGUUUAAUAACAGAAGAAGAAAAAUAUGUGCUAUUAUACGUAAAAGAUCUUCAGUAG